AUGGCGCAGAAUGCCUUUGGAAAAAGGCUCUUUCGCUCUGGAAGCGGACUCCAACAGACAUUAAGCCCUCUGGUACAGCGAAGAUGCCAGUCUACCAAAACCGUCCCAGCAUUCACCCCCAGCUCCUCCCCAGAGCUCGACCAAAAACUCGACCGCAUACGCACCGAGCUCUUCGUACCCAUGUACUUUGCCGAACACCAAAAACGCCUCAUCUUCCGCGACCGCUACCGCGAGCGCCUGAACCAAGAACAAGUAAAAAUCACCAUUGGCAAUGAAGAAUUUGCCUUGCGGCCAAUGAAUCGACAAUCCCUCCCCAGCAAGCGCGAAGUCCACGGCGCAAUCGAAGCAAUGAAGACUUCACAGGACUGGAAGAAUUUCGUGCCAUUGUUGAUAGGAUCAUUGCAUUCAAAAUAUAAGCCCAAACCAGCCAGCAUUGAAAAAUGGGUGAGACUGGCGGGAAAAUCGGAUACACUGCCCUACAUCCUGGAGGCAGCGAAGCAAUCCAGCAAAACGGGCUUUUCGUUUGCGGACCGCGCCAUCGCGUUCCGGUUUGCGUUUGAGUUGCAUGAAAAAGCCAAAAUGGCGGCCUUCUCGGGUGAGGCAUUGACUGCUGCAUUCCGAUAUGCAGAGCAAGCGGCUCAAUUAAUGGAGCGGCCUGAACAUACCAAUAACGAGGUUUCGCAGGAUGCUAAAAGACAGCCCUUCUUUAUUGGGCUGUUGACCGAGUUGAGUGCCGCUCGUGCCAUUGAUCAGGCUGAGGGGGAAGAUGUGGAUGGCAAAGUACUCUCGUACACGCGGAAGUUGUUGGGAGUAUGGGAUCUGGCUGCGUUGGACCGAGAGUUGGGGCUAUGGUAUGAGACGGAUAAGUUUUUGCAGGAGAUUGCGCUUAUAUAUUCCGGAUUGAAGAUGGCACAGCAAGUCAAGAGUGUAGCGCAGGAUAAGACACUCGUGAAAUCUAUUGAGCAGCGGUUGAAACAGUUGAAGACUGUUGCUGAGCAUGCGGUGGAGGCUGCCCCUGAGCAGAGGAGGGAACAGCCAACCCUGGGUUUGAAGGAGGUUCAAUCUAUCCUAUAG